CUUUGUCCUAUCCUCUUCCACAGGCCGUGGACACGACCCCGUUAGUGGUAUGCUGGAAGUUUGAUGGACUUUACCUCCUUCACCAUCCGCCCAGUCGUCUCUCUCUGUCUGCUGCUGCUGUAGGAUCUGUAACUAAACAUGGCUGAUCUCCAGGCUCAAUUUGAUACGGCAGCUGCUGAGGUGAAGCAGCUGAAGGCGAAGCCGUCGGACGAGGAGAUGCUGCAGGUCUACUCCCUGUUCAAGCAGGCCACUGUGGGUGAUACCAACACAGAACGUCCAGGGAUGUUCGACUUCACUGGUAAAGCUAAAUGGGAUGCCUGGGAGAAGCAGAAAGGCAAGAGCAAAGAGGAUGCCAUGAACGAGUAUGUCGCCCUGGUGAAGCAGUUGAAGGAGAAGGACGGAUUGUAACGUCACAUGAUGACGUCACAUUAUGGCCGGGCCAACUACCUAGAUGGACGGAGACCGCGAGUCGUCCCUCAUCCAUCCUCAUGCUGUGAAACGCCUUAAAACCCAAGAAGUGUGCACUUACCCACUGCUAGUGGUCCCCCCAGUGAGAUUAACCUGGCCUGAAGAAACACUGAUGCAUGAUCAGAAUCUGUCCUCCACCGGAGGACCAUCAUAUUUUAAUUAAUGAUUUUAACCAUGCGGAUCUGCAAAAGAGUCCUGUCAUUUCAAUACAAAAUAUUUCUACUCAA